AUGAGGCGCCUGUUCCCCAAAUCAAACUCGAGCUCAUCGGCCGCCCCCGGACCGGCCAACGAAUUGAUUGAUCCGCCCAAAUCCGCCGAUUUCUCCACCAAGGUGGGGUUCCUCCAGGCUGUCAAAGGCGAAUCGACGGUGAAAAACUCGUUCCUGCAGCGAUGCUUCGUGGAUCUGGUGACCGGAGAUUCCCGGGCGAAGCAGAACGCCGCGGCGAGGUUCGAUGACAUGGUAGGGCAGACGGACUCCUGCCGAGGAGAUUCAGGAAGCAGCGGGCGUGGCUGGAGCUGCAGAAUGAGUGGAAGUCUAAUCGGAAGGUGA